ACAAGAUGGCUGAUAUUUCGACGAUUCCACCCGUGAAGUCGGAGGAGGAAAUCCUCAAAUAUUCUAUGGCUGAGGAUGAUCCUAACCAAAAUAGCCCGGUAGAGGACGAGAGUAAAACGCCUAGAUGGGGACCACAGCAUGCUGGGGCCCAGGAGCUGGCCAGCCAGUACACAAUGGGAAAACGGAUCCAAGAAAUUGUCUGUGUGAUAAUCAGCAUCUCUCUGAUGGUAUUUAACUUUGUGUACUUGGUGCGAUAUUUCAAGUCAGAAAAUUGGGUCGCCAUUCUUGGUGCUGCAUUGCUUGGUGUCAUCACUGCAGAUUUCUUCAGUGGCCUUGUCCACUGGGGAGCGGACACCUGGGGUUCUGUCGAGGGCAUCAUUGGCAAGGCAUUCAUUCGGCCAUUCCGAGAGCAUCAUAUCGAUCCAACCUCCAUCACUCGCCAUGACUUCAUUGAGACGAAUGGUGACAACUUUGCCGUGAUAAUCCCUGUCUUGGCGUUAAUGGCUUAUCGAUUCUUGACCAACACACCAGACGAAUCGCUCGCCAUAUACAACUGGAAUUGCUUCUUGUUUCUGCUGGGAUUGUUUGUCAGUUUUACGAAUCAGAUCCAUAAAUGGUCCCAUACAUAUUUCGGUCUGCCAAUCUACAUCACUCUCCUGCAAGAUCUGCACAUCAUCCUGCCACGUAAACACCAUCGCAUCCACCACGUGUCGCCACACGAGACCUACUACUGCAUCACGACUGGCUGGCUCAACUAUCCAUUCGAAGCGAUUGGAUUCUGGCCUCUGUUGGAGUCGUACAUCACCAAAUUUACAGGGCAUUAUCCAAGGAGUGAUGAUAUGAAUUGGGCAAAGAAGACUGACUAAUCAGGUUCAUCACCAGUCCUUUAUCUUUGCGAUUAAACAUUUCGAGUCCAUGACGCUGGGAGUCCUGUCAUCCGUCUGAAUCCGGUCCACACCGUUUGUGAUAAGAAGGCCAUAGGAACAAUACUUAGGACAAGAAGAGACACUUGUUUCAGGAUUGAUAGCAGAUCACCUGUAUAUUUGUACACCGAAUGUAUGGUGAUCUUCUGUCAACGUAAGACUUAGGCUUAGUUUGGCUUUAUCCAGUGUAGAAGUUGAGGAUUAUUUUUCACAGAUAUUGUGCACAAAUUUUCAUUCUUAACUUGUUUCUCCACAAAUAAUAUUGUUUUAUCCAUUUAAGUCAUGAUUACCAAGAAAAUGUGUGGAAACAAUAACUGUUAGUCUAAAAUAGUUGGAUUUGUUCAGAACAUUUCUUGAGUUUUCAAUUCAAGUUUUCAAGAUGCAUUUCUCUUUAUCUUAUCAUAAAUACUCUAACAUUCUUGAUUCAUCCAAAUGACCCCCUUGUUUCCAUCUAUUUGAUGAGUAGAAUGUGAAGUUUAACAGAGAUAACAGUGGACCAGUAAUCAACGGAGUUGUAGAUGAAACCCAGUCAAGGGAACUUGCAACUGUAUUUCUAAGAUAUGAUUCAUUGUCAUAUCAGUAUUGUUAACGGUCAGCUUGGCUUGCUUGUGGCAUAUUACUGCUAGCAUUCUGCACUUGGUCUGUGCACAAUGCAAGUGAACCAGCUUCUCUGCGAUGCAGUUAAACAUAUUUCUUCUGUCAACUUGUGUGUUAUCGCCAUUUGUGUCACGACGUUUAAUAUCCCAAUGCUUCAGGGAUAAUAUGUUCGGCGACGUGGCGAUAAGAUAUCUUCUGCUAACUCAAAGCUAAGUCUCUCACAAGUGUUCUGUUGAAGGUUUAGCACUUUUGGUUGUCGUGGCUACAGGUAAUGUGAUUGCUGUAAACAGUGAGUAAAUAACGCUGGGUAUUAUUUUGCUAUGAAAAUGUGUAAAUAGAUAAUUAUUUAUAUUGAAAUGAACAUAUUUUGAUGUCACCCUGCAGUGAUCUGUAGUGAGUAUAUUCUGCUAGGGCAAUAUCGAAGUUAUCUCCUUAACUUGACGUUUGUGAAGUUCCACACAAGUAAAAGCAAAAUAUAUAAGGCUUGCUUACAUAUUUUUGGUAACUGGGAUAAUGAACUAAAACUUUUCGACAGUGUGACGUCUAAAACUUGAAAUGUGACAAUCUUUGUUUUCAAAAUGAGCUGUUUUGAAAAGUUGACACUGAUUGGCUAAAAAAGACUACUACACACUGUGUACAAAUGUACAUAAACUCUGUGUUGCAUGUGAUGUUUGUAGAAAUGUGUAUGUACUGUAGAACCUCUCUAUUAAGGACACCCUUGGGACUGACAAAUACUGGCUUUAAUUGAGAGGUGUCCUGAUCACUGAGGUAAUAUUAAAUGGCAAUGAAAAAGUGAUGUCCUCUUAUUUGAGGGCAUCAGCUGUCUCUCGCAUGUCGAUUGCUGUUAGAAAGGUGUAAAAUUGUCUAUUUUAAUCUAUGUAUGAUUGUCCAAGAAACAAAAAGAUGGUUGGCUUAGGUAGCUGCAGGCCUCUUUUAGCUCAAUCAUGUCAUGUUAUACUCAAAUGAAAUGUUAUUUUAUUCUGGUCAUCGACAACGAAAAAAAAUAGUAACUCCAUUUUGUUGACACGUUGAGAGAAGAUGCCUACCGAUUAAAUUAUUGAGGGUAUGAAGUUGAAAGGGUAAAUUAUGGGUGAUAUACAUGUAUUGAGGCAUUCAACAGCAUGAAGUGACUUCUACAUGAUGUGAAAAAUUGAUUUAAGGUCAUAUAAUUGUCUUUGUUUCUGUUUAAGAUGAAACAGACAUUGUUGUAUUUUUCAACAAAAUGAAAUACGAGCAAUAUUUUAGGCUAUUUUUUUGACAAAGGUUUGUGUUGUAUGUGCGAAUAAAAGAUGUAAUUUGUCAUUGGGUGUGUUGUGAUAAUACACUGUAAUCAAACAUUGUAAUAUAUUUGUAAUGAGGUAUUGAGGAGGGUAGCCAAUUAAGUAUGUCAACUUUCACAGAAAUUUAUGUCAACUUUCACAGAAAUUGGUCCAUUGUUUGUACAAGAAAACAUUAAAAAUGAUGAAUUUACGUCAGUUUGAACUCUUCAUACUGUAAAACCCACCAGGAGCCCUUGGUUUUGGCAACUGCAUUAUAAUGAAACUACAGUACCUCCAUGUACAUGUACCUGUUUAUGCUGUUUAAAAAGCCCUGCUAGCUUCUCCGAGAUUUUACAGUGAACAUACUUAAUGGGAGACCCUCAGUAUAAAUUAUGUGCAGAUAGAUGUGACCAGAUGUUCGAUAAUUAUGGCUUUGUAAUAACGUUGGAAGCAAACUGUGAUAUCAGAAAUUCCCUCCCAGGGUGACCUGGUGAGGUUCAGCAUCCAGCACAGGCACAUAAAUCACUAGCACACACCUGUCUCGUUCAACUCAUGAAUACAUUAGUUGGAACUUUAUUGGCCUUAAUAUUAGUCUGACUGACUCGAAACCAAGAGUAAAUGGAAGAGAAGUAUUAGAUAAGUCCAGACAACAUGAACCUUCCCUAUCAAAGUAGCAGACUUCCCCAUCUUAGCACUAGUACAACCAAUAAUGUCAUUGGAAGUGUGGAUGGAAAAGACUAAUAAAAUCCAAACUUACUGUCUUUUGUGACUGACGAAGUCAUGAAUUGUUGUCCUCGGUUUUGUCCAUGGUACAUCUUUUUUUCUGCUGACUGUUGUGACCUUGACAUGUAGGUGCAGUUGGAAGUCAUGAGCAAGUUGUCAUUUAUUUGAUAUUUUAUUCCGGGUAUGAAUUUUUGUUCUGGUGGCCUGUCAGUUCAUUUAUCAUGUAGAGUUGCAAUGCAUAAUUUAGUUAAUUCACCCACCUUGCGACCACAACAGAACAUCAUGAGGUACAAUCCACUCAGAUAUUUUUGUAGCCCUUUGGCUGACUCCUGAAUCACACUGUAUUGCAUAAUUAAGUAUAUGGGUAUUUUUGAAGACAAUUCUCAAUUCAGUUUCAGAAUUAUUGGUUUAUCAGGUUUAUCAUUCAUAUUCAUGUAAUUCUGUGCUGCCGGCAUGCACUUGUAAGAUUUUGAAGUGUUCCCUUUCUUGGGUUUUAGAUUGCACAAACUUUGAGCACAAAGAAUCUGUUAAAAUGGUGCAGGACUUUCAAAAAGAUGAUCGUAUCAAUUGAUAACCAGACACGCCAACAAAUGUAUACAAAAACUGAAUUUACCUGUCAUAGCUGUAUUGGUUGAGUUGCUGCUAGUUGUAUUGAGUAGAAAUGAACAAAGGUUUCCUUCUUAUUAUUAUGCUCAAUAAUGCUUGAUCUCAAUGUAUUUUUGUGGGGCAAAUGUAAUUCUUGGGGGACUGGGCCAAUGAUAGAGAGGUUCUAUGGUAGUCUGAAGAGUAUUGCUUGUCUGAAGACGAGUCCUCCGGGUGUUCAGUUCGUCCUCUUUCUGAGGUUGAUGUUGAGACAAGGUUGUGCCAGUCCUCCAAGAGUGUGAAUUGGCCUGGUUCUGAGGCAUUGAUGAAGAGCUAGGUUCAUGCAAACUAUUUAUUUAUAUUCCUAUCGGGUUCACAUAUGUUAUGUACUUGGCUUAUGUGAUUAAAACAUAAUAUGCUGCCCACCUAAA